AUGGCUGUGUUAGAUGAGUGGCAGGCCGCAGAUUCCGAUCCAGAUAACGACUGGGGUUCGGACACGGGAUCCCAUACGGGUCUCCUAAAAGGCACCUUUUUGGACGACAUCCAACUGCCGGACGACCCCACACCGGGCCAAGAAGAAGGGGAAGCCAUUCUGGACCCCACGGGGCAACGCCUAUUCGAUCCCCGCAACAUACGGCACCCGCGUUCGGGGGACUGGACCCCCCCCGACCAUCUUUCCAAAUUUAUGCACCGUUGGCUCCGCAAACCCCUGGACAAAACGAUGUUUCCAAAACCCAACCAAACAGCUAUUCCAGAAUUCUUCCUCUCUGGGUUCCAACUUCUCCACAGACCCAAAAUCAUUUUCUUCUCUGCUCUCCUUGUGGUCUACAUGAUGACUUUAACUGGAAAUCUUCUGAUUAUAACAGUUGUUUUAGUGACUCGAUUUCUUCAUUCUCCAAUGUACUUCUUCCUCAGUCACUUGUCAUUGUGUGAUAUCAUAGUCACUACAACAAUUAUCCCCAAUUUCCUAUAUAUCACCUUAAAAAAUGGAAGUCACAUGACAGUAAGUCAAUGCACUGUCCAGUUAAAUUUCUUUGCUGUGUCCACAACCACAGAAAGUCUUCUUCUCACCGUCAUGUCCUAUGAUAGAUAUGUGGCUGUCUGUAAACCUUUGCAUUAUAUAACAAUAAUGAAUUUCCCAUUUUGCCUUGGGCUUGUGCUGCUGUCUUGGGCAUGGGGCACAUGCAUCAUAAUGAUUAUUACUAUUUUACUAAACAAAUUGCAUUAUUGUUAUUCAACUCAUAUUGAUCAUUUCUUCUGCGAUUUUGCUCCCCUUGUUCAGCUUUCAUGUUCUGAUACUACAGUUGUGCAGACUGUGGUUUUUACAACUGCUAUUGCAGAAACUGUCAUUGAACCUAUGCUAAUUAUUUCAACGUAUGUUUCUAUCUUUCUUGCUAUACAUAGAAUAUCAUCCACCACUGGGAGACAGAAAGCCUUCUCCACAUGCAGUUCCCACCUCACUGCUGUUUGCUUUUUUUAUGGGACACUUAUUGCUGUUUAUGCAGUUCCAACUGGAGAACGUUCAUCUGGAAUGAAUAAGAUUGUAUCCCUUAUGUAUACAGUAGUGACGCCUUUGUUGAAUCCAAUGAUAUACAGUCUGCGGAACCGAGAUAUCAAGACAGCCUUUCUAAAGUUAUUGAAAAUGAAAAGUUGCUAA